CCGCACCGAGCGGCUCGGCCUCAUGCCGGCGCCGCCAGCCCACGGCUGAGCGCUGCGCCCCGCAGAGCCGAGCCGAAACGGGCACGGGCACGGGCACGGGCACGGACACGGGCACGGGCACGGGCACAAGCAUAAGCAUAAGCACAGGACAGCCGCUGCUCCCUGCUAGCAGGACCCACCUCCAGCUGGCACGAUGGCAGGAGCAUCUGUGAAGGUGGCGGUGCGCGUCCGGCCAUUCAACUCCCGGGAGAUGAGCCGGGAAUCUAAAUGCAUUAUCCAGAUGUCAGGAAGCACCACCACUAUCCUGAACCCGAAGCAGCCCAAAGAGACACCAAAAAGCUUCAGCUUUGACUAUUCCUAUUGGUCCCACACUACGCCUGCAGAUAUCAACUAUGCAUCUCAGAAGCAAGUGUACCGGGACAUUGGUGAGGAGAUGUUGCAACAUGCGUUUGAAGGCUAUAAUGUCUGCAUCUUUGCCUAUGGGCAGACGGGUGCUGGAAAAUCCUACACCAUGAUGGGGAAGCAGGAGAAGGACCAGCAAGGCAUCAUCCCUCAGCUGUGUGAGGACCUCUUCUCCCGCAUCAAUGACACGACAAAUGACAACAUGUCCUACUCAGUGGAGGUGAGCUACAUGGAGAUAUACUGUGAGCGUGUGAGGGACCUCCUGAACCCCAAGAACAAGGGGAACCUGCGAGUAAGGGAGCAUCCCCUCAUGGGCCCAUAUGUUGAAGACCUUUCCAAGCUGGCUGUGACCUCCUACAACGAUAUCCAGGACCUGAUGGACUCUGGGAACAAGGCCCGCACGGUGGCUGCCACCAACAUGAACGAGACCAGCAGCCGCUCCCAUGCCGUGUUCAACAUCAUCUUCACGCAGAAGCGGCAUGAUGCCGAGACAGACAUCACCACUGAGAAGGUCAGCAAAAUCAGCCUGGUAGACCUGGCAGGAAGUGAGCGAGCUGACUCCACUGGUGCGAAGGGCACAAGACUAAAGGAAGGAGCAAACAUCAACAAGUCCUUGACCACGCUGGGGAAAGUCAUCUCUGCCCUAGCCGAAAUGGAUUCAGGGCCAAACAAGAACAAAAAGAAGAAGAAGACAGAUUUCAUCCCUUACCGGGACUCAGUGCUGACCUGGCUACUGCGAGAGAACCUGGGGGGCAACUCCAGGACAGCCAUGGUCGCUGCUCUCAGUCCUGCUGACAUCAACUACGAUGAGACCCUCAGCACUCUCAGGUACGCUGACCGUGCAAAGCAGAUCCGCUGCAAUGCUGUCAUUAAUGAGGACCCCAACAACAAGCUCAUCCGGGAGCUGAAGGAUGAGGUGGCACGCCUGCGUGACCUUCUCUACGCCCAGGGCCUUGGGGACAUCAUUGACACCCAUCCUGCUGCAGGAGGAUCCAAAUAUGUGUCCGACUUUGAGAACAAUAAUGAUGCUAGAGGGACAGAGCUGAGUCACCGCCAUGACAAUCUCUCCACAGUGACCAAUGCCAUCGCUGGGAUCAGCCCCUCUUCGUCCCUGUCAGCCUUGUCCAGCCGUGCAGCCUCUGUCGCCAGCCUCCAUGAACGCAUCAUGUUUGCUCCAGGCAGUGAGGAGGCAAUCGAAAGGCUCAAGGAAACGGAGAAGAUUAUUGCAGAGCUGAAUGAGACAUGGGAGGAGAAGCUGCGUAGGACAGAAGCAAUCCGGAUGGAAAGGGAAGCGUUGCUUGCCGAAAUGGGGGUGGCCAUGAGGGAGGAUGGAGGCACCUUGGGUGUUUUCUCUCCUAAGAAGACACCCCACUUGGUCAACCUGAAUGAGGACCCGCUCAUGUCUGAGUGUCUUCUCUACUACAUCAAGGAUGGGAUAACAAGGGUUGGCCGGGAAGAUGCCGAGAAGAGGCAGGACAUCGUUCUCAGCGGGCACUUCAUUAAGGAAGAGCACUGCCUUUUCCGCAGUGACAACAAAACCAGUGGUGAAGUAAUAGUGACCCUGGAGCCCUGUGAAGGUGCUGACACUUACGUGAAUGGCAAAAAGGUGACGGAGCCCAGCAUCCUGCGCUCAGGAAACCGCAUCAUCAUGGGGAAGAGCCAUGUCUUCCGCUUCAACCACCCCGAGCAGGCUCGGCAGGAGCGGGAGCGGACCCCGUGUGCCGAGACCCCAGCUGAGCCUGUAGACUGGGCUUUCGCCCAAAGAGAGCUGCUGGAGAAGCAGGGCAUCGACAUGAAGCAGGAGAUGGAGCAGAGGCUCCAGGAACUGGAGGACCAGUACCGGAGGGAGCGGGAGGAGGCAAACUACCUUCUUGAGCAGCAAAGGCUGGACUAUGAGAGCAAAUUGGAGGCUUUGCAGAAGCAGAUGGACUCUAGGUAUUACCCUGAGGCAAAUGAGGAAGAAGAAGAACCUGAGGAUGAAGUGCAGUGGACGGAGCGGGAGUUUGAGCUGGCCCUCUGGGCCUUUAGGAAGUGGAAGUGGUACCAAUUCACCUCCCUCCGUGACCUGCUCUGGGGCAAUGCCAUCUUCCUCAAGGAAGCCAAUGCCAUCAGUGUGGAGCUGAAGAAGAAGGUCCAGUUCCAGUUUGUUCUCCUCACGGACACGCUGUACUCACCUCUCCCUCCUGACCUGCUGCCUCCUGAUGCUGCCAAAGACCGGGAGAAGCGGCCAUUCCCCCGGACCAUCGUGGCUGUAGAGGUGCAGGACCAGAAGAACGGGGCAACGCAUUACUGGACCCUGGAGAAGCUGAGGCAACGCCUGGACCUGAUGCGUGAAAUGUAUGACCGUGCAGCAGAAGUGCCUUCCAGUGUCAUUGACGACUGUGACAACGUGGUGACUGGCGGAGAUCCUUUCUAUGACCGCUUUCCCUGGUUCAGGCUGGUGGGCAGUUCAGAUAUCUCUGGCUGCAACAGCUCUCCUCUUUUCAACACAUGCAUGAGCGAGCGCAUGGCUGAUCUCACCCCCUCCCCUACCUUCUCGAACCCCGACUCCGACAUCACCGAGCCUGCUGACGAGCAGCACCAGGGGCAGGAGGAGGAGGAGGAGGAGGCGGAGGACCUGGAGGAAGACAUCUUUCCGGAGUGCCCACUGUGUGAUGGCCGGGAUCCGUUUUACGACCGCUCCCCCCUGUUCAGUUUAGUAGGAAGGGCCUUCGUCUACCUGAGCAACCUCCUCUACCCUGUGCCCCUGGUCCACCGCGUGGCCAUCGUCAGUGAGAAGGGCGAGGUGAAGGGCUUCCUGCGUGUGGCAGUCCAGGCCAUCUCAGCGGAUGAGGAAGCCCCUGACUAUGGCUCUGGCGUGCGGCAGUCGGGGACGGCCAAGAUAUCCUUCGAUGACCAGCACUUUGAGAAGUUCCAGUCAGAGUCAUGCCCAGCUGUGGGGAUGUCUCGCUCGGGGACCUCCCAGGAGGAGCUGCGCAUUGUCGAAGGCCAGGGGCAGGUCAGCGACGUGGGUCCCUCUGCUGAUGAGGUCAACAACAAUACCUGCACAGUGACACCAGAGGACCUUCUCUUGGACAGCCCAGAGAAGUCCGUGUCAGAAGGGCCACUGGAGACGGCUCUGGACCACUUGAAGCUGGGCAGCAUGUUCACAUUCCGCGUGACAGUCUUGCAAGCCUCCAGCAUCUCUGCAGAAUACGCAGACAUCUUCUGCCAGUUCAACUUCAUCCAUCGCCAUGACGAGGCCUUUUCAACAGAGCCCUUGAAGAACACAGGACGGGGGCCGCCAUUGGGCUUCUAUCACGUCCAAAAUAUUGCUGUGGAGGUGACCAAAUCCUUCAUUGAAUACAUCAAGAGCCAGCCUAUUGUAUUUGAAGUCUUUGGGCACUACCAGCAGCAUCCCUUCCCACCCCUCUGCAAGGAUGUCCUGAGCCCACUGAGGCCAUCCCGGCGCCACUUGCCCCGUGUGAUGCCACUCUCCAAACCAGUGCCUGCAACGAAACUGAGCACCAUGACUCGGCCCAGCCCUGGCCCAUGCCAGUGCAAGUAUGACCUGAUGGUCUUCUUUGAGAUCUGUGAGCUGGAAGCCAAUGGCGACUACAUCCCUGCUGUUGUGGACCACCGUGGAGGCAUGCCAUGCCAUGGAACCUUCCUCCUCCACCAGGGCAUCCAGAGGAGGAUCACUGUCACCUUGGUGCAUGAAACAGGCAGCCUCAUCCGCUGGAAGGAAGUGCGGGAGCUGGUUGUAGGUCGGAUCCGGAACACCCCAGAAGCAGAUGAGUCUCUCAUCGACCCCAACAUCCUGUCCCUGAACAUCCUCUCCUCUGGGUACAUCCACCCCUCCCAGGAUGACCGGACUUUCUACCAGUUUGAGGCAGCAUGGGAUAGCUCCAUGCACAACUCGCUGCUGCUCAACCGUGUCACCCCGUACAGGGAGAAAAUCUACAUCACCCUGUCUGCCUACAUUGAGAUGGAGAACUGCACUCAGCCUGCCGUCAUCACCAAAGACUUCUGCAUGGUUUUCUACUCCCGGGAUGCCAAGCUUCCUGCCUCCCGCUCCAUCCGCAACCUUUUUGGCAGUGGCAGCCUACGGGCUUCUGAGAGCAACCGUGUGACGGGAGUCUACGAGCUCAGCCUCUGCCGAGUGGCAGAUGCCGGCAGCCCAGGCAUGCAGAGACGUCGCCGGCGUGUGCUAGACACCUCUGUAGCCUAUGUGCGGGGAGAGGAGAACCUGGCUGGCUGGCGGCCCCGCAGUGACAGCCUCAUCCUUGACCAUCAAUGGGAGCUGGAGAAACUCAGCCUCCUGCAAGAAGUGGAGAAGACGAGGCACUACCUGCUCCUGCGUGAGAAGCUGGAGACAACCCAGCGCUUGGGCCUGGAGACCCUGUCCACUUGCUCCAGUGAGGACUCUGAGUCCCGAAGCACCUCCUGCGUCUCCUCCCCGCUCUCUGUCGAUGGGGCUGCUGAGAACCGCACCUCACCUCCUGAGAGCCCCAGCGAGAGGCAGAAGGAACUGGCUGUGAAGUGCUUGCGCCUGCUCACACAUACCUUCAACAGGGAGUACAGCCACAGCCAUGUCUGCAUUAGCGCCAGUGAGAGCAAGCUGUCUGAAAUGUCUGUGACCCUGAUGAGAGACCCAUCCAUGCCAGUUCUUGGGGUCACCACUCUUACCCCCUCUUCAACCUGCCCAUCACUGGUGGAAGGACGCUACAAUGCCAUCGAUGUCAGACCCCCCCAAGUCUCUUCCAGAGCAGAGACCCCUGACCUGGAGCCCGCAGUAGAAGGAGAGCAGAAGAAGUCCCCAGGCCACCGGCCUGAGGAGGAGAAGGAGCCCCAGCGUUUGCUGGUGCCUGACAUCCAGGAGAUCCGGGUCAGCCCCAUCGUCUCCAAAAAGGGCUACUUGCACUUCCUGGAGCCCCACACCAAUGGGUGGGUGAAGCGCUUCGUGGUGGUCCGGCGCCCAUAUGUCUACAUCUACAACUCAGACAAAGACAUGGUCGAGAGGGCCAUACUCAAUCUCUCCAAGGCCCAGGUGGAGUACAGUGAGGACCAGCAGGCCAUGCUCAAGACCCCGAACACGUUUGCAGUGUGCACAGAGCAUCGUGGCAUCCUGCUGCAGGCGAGCAGUGACAAGGACAUGCACGACUGGCUCUACGCCUUCAAUCCCCUCCUGGCUGGGUCCAUAAGGUCCAAGCUUUCCAGAAGGAGAACAGCCCAGAUGAGAAUCUAACCUGAAAAAUACCCUUCACCUCAUCCGUCUGCCAACAGGAUCAAGAUAGCUGAUUCUGUCUCAAGACUCCCCAUGUUAACGUCUGAUCUCUCACACCAUCUGCUGCCCCAGCUGCCUGCUCCAUGGAAGGAUCUGUCUCGAUUCACACCUUCGCGGAGGAAACUCACUUCCGUUCGUAGCUGCAAAAGCCUCGACCUGCCUGGGCAGGAUCUCUUGUGCACGUGCCAUCUUCUGCCCAUUCCCUCAUGGGUGACCUUCAUGUCACACCAUCUGUAAUGCUCCAGAAAGGUCCCUGUCAGAGGGGAGGGAGCGAGGAGGGCAGUUUUGGCUAAUAGCUGGUCUUUGAUCUACAGGGGUGGGAGUGUGGUAAAGCUUGGAGGUGGGAGAGCAGGAGGAAUUGCCUCCACAUGAAGGGAAAGGGGUAGUGUAAGUACGAGGAUUUCCUAGUUUAUUGAUGUUUCUGCAAGAGACAGCAGAGUAAGAUCAGGUGUCAGUAGUUUAAGAUGAUAUUUAUAAAGUAUUUAUUUCUAUUUACAUCACAAAAAUCCUGUAAGAUGAGUCCUGGCCCCUGAACAAUGCCUCCCCCAGGCAAGGGAGAGCCUUGGCAGUGGGCUGGGGCCCCAGAGAUGCCUCUCCUGGGACAUCCCUGGCAUGUGCCCGGCAGCAGCGGAGCUCUUGCCCUCGCUUCCUGCCCUUCCCCAACCCUCUGCUUUGCACCCCCCUGCGCUUAAACUACUUCUCCCCUAAGUGGUGGCUGGACAGCCUACCAUGUCUUCCCAAAGGAGGCAAUUUCUACCUGCCCCAUCUACCUCUGGAAAGGAGGAGCCCACCAUCUUGGUGGGCUGGAGAAUUCCACAUCCAUGUGGACACGUCACCUCACUUUGGAGCUUGGUCCUGCUGGAGGGAAAAGGAGGGUUCUGGGGAUGGCUCUGCCUGUGUGAGCUGUCCUGCCCAAAAGCAUGUGGGCCACCUCCAUUGUCUCAGCCUAGGAGCCCCUGGGGGCUUGUCCAAAGGGAUUCCUCCCCUCUUAGGACAGGACACCAAGGGCCCCAUCCCUGCAGGGAGUGUGGAGGUGCAGGUGGCUGCUUCCAACACUGGAUGGAAAAGUUCCCCAAGAGCUGAGGCUAGAAAUGGCUAUUCCAAUCCACAGGACCCUCUUUAGCCUUGCCCAAGAGGGCUGUCACAUCCCUUCUCCUUCCAGCAGGACAACACGCUCAAAGCAAGUCAGAGGGGCAGGGAGAGGCUGGGGUGGGGGUGUCGAGGUGGGGAAGGGGCUUCUUUUUACUGUUGUAUUUGGUGUUUUCUCACUCCUCUUUCCCUGCUGCAGAAGCGAGUGCUCACCUCCUUCCCACCCUGCCUUCAUCGGCACGUUAAUCCAGGGGGCUUCCCACGGCAGAGGUGGCUUUGCCGAAAGGACCUUCUCCUCCAGCCAUAACUUGCUUCCACCUUCCCCAGCAGCAGCUCUCCCUCUCCUCUAUCUUCCAUCUCUCAUCCAUUGUGAGGGGGGUAGGAUGCUUUCAGCUGGGGCUUCCCAAGCGGUCAGCUGGAUCCAGCACAGCUCCCGUCAGGAAGGCGAGCAUCUUCCUUCAUGUAUCCCCCGGGCACCCCCCUUGCUUCGCUGUCACGCCUCUGUGGCUUACCUUUCCUUGCACAGCACGGCUGCGCCUUGGCUCUGCCACACCUCCCCGCACUGUCUGUCUGUGUGUGUGCGCGUGUGUGUGUGUGGGACUUGGUGCUGUCUUCUUGUUACGCUCAUGUUGUUGGGGGGCACGGACAGGAAGGGACAUGGCAGAUGGGCAGAGGCUUGCAGGGACCCCUUCGCUGCACAUCAGAGGCCUUUCAGUUUGAGUUUCAGGUGAUGGAAAAGGGUUUUGGGAUCCUGAGCCCCUGCAGGUUUUGCCCAGCCUUGCUGCAGCUCCUUGGGCAUCUCAUCCCAUUGCUCUGGCCUGGAGCUGUGGCAGGGCUGCUUUUCCUAGCCCUGCUUCCCAGGCAGGUGGCAAAUUAUCCGCCCCAUCAAACUGGGUUAUUCCCCGUCCUGUGAUCUAGAAGCCAACUUGUGCCCUUUAUGGAGGGAUAGGUUCUCACUCGGGGGACAUGAAGGGGCAGAGCUGCGGCUGGGGUGGAGGAGGGUUCUGGGCUUUGACAUCCCAGCAAAGACUAGUUGGUGCCAUGCCGUAUUUCAGCGUAAAGGGCUAGGGAACACUGGGUGCCCCAGGGGAGAGGGGAGGCUCUACCAGGGCGGAGGCAGCUUCUGGUGGAGACAGGAAUCUGCGUCUGCCAGCGACCAGACACAGGUUCCUCAGCCAGGGCUGGGCAGCGCUGCCCGUGCUGCAGGCGAGGGGCGGCUGCGGGGCGGGCACAUCCUCCAGCCGGAGCUGAAGCCGAAGCUUUGCCUGAGGCCAGCAAACCUGCAGAGCAGACAGCUCGGCUGAGGGACACGGCGCUGAGGGAGACCCGGCUGGCAGUAUCCCUGCGGGAUGUCCCCGGCUUUGCAGGCUACUUUUGCCAUCUUCCUGGCCCCGCUCUCGCCAGCACCACGCACUCUCCCCGUUAUACCUCCCAUCCCCUCCUUCACCGCAGCCCCCCCCGGGAUGAGGAACGCAAACCUUGAUGUAUAGGCACGACUGUGAGCCCCAUCCGAAGGGAAAUCUCACAGGGGACAGUGGCAUGGAGGGUGGGCGAGCACCAGCGGGCGGCCCGGGACCUGCUGAGGGGCGUCUGCCCCCCUGUACCCUCUGGUCCCGGCCCUCCCUGCCCGUGCUCGGGGCUGGAGCCUCGGGUCCCGGCCGUCCGUGCACGCGUGAGGCUUGUUCGGUUCUGAAAUAAAUGUGGCAUUUAACGCAGAA